AUGCUUAGCCGUGCUGUACUUCCUCUAACGAGGCCCAACGUUCUUGCCUCCGCCGUCCGUCUAUCGGUGCUUCCGGUCACCCAUUCGCGAUGGUAUGCAAAGGCUGGCAAGCCCAAGACGCCGUACAAUGUCUCCGAUUCGGUCAAGCCACCCAAACCCGAAAAGCCGACAAACCCUUCGCAACAAGAAUACUCGAGCGAACAGGCUGAAUUCAACACCAAUGCGGAACCCCAGACUUCGAAACCGUCCGAAUCCGACCCAGCACCCGCCGACAAGGAAGCGUCACAAAAGCCGCUCCCCGACCUCACACAGGGAAUUCCUUCCACUCUCGCUGCAGAACUGGAAGCUCGCUCUAAGAACCGUGGUCAGACAACCCUGAAUCUCACCGAAGAUCCUUCGCGCUCCCAAGAAGAUGGCUGGGAUGAUGGUGAUAUUCCGAAGGACGGCUAUGUUUCCUCCCUCGACCGCCGAAAGGCUCGGAUGGCCAACCUGACAUAUGCUCUCUUCCUACUUGCGGGUGCCGGUGGGAUCGCCUACCUGGGACGGAACUGGGAUACUGUAGAGGAGGAGAAGGCCCACCCAGACGUUCCCUCGGGCUGGGGACUGAAUCUCUGGUAUAACCGUGUCAAGGCCCGCUUCAGUGAUAUCACUAGCUACUACAAAGACCCCGCGUUUCCGAAGCUGCUUCCAGACGAGGACCCCAAUCUUCGCCAGCCCUAUACUUUGGUACUGAGUCUGGAAGACCUGCUUGUUCACAGUGAAUGGAGCCGUGAACACGGAUGGCGUGUCGCCAAGCGACCUGGAGUCGACUAUUUCCUUCGCUACCUGAACCAGUACUACGAGCUUGUCCUCUUUACCAGCGUGCCAAGCAUGAUGGCAGACCAGGUGCUGCGAAAGCUUGACCCCUACCGUAUCAUUCGUUGGCCGUUGUUCAGAGAAGCUACCAGGUACAAGGAUGGCGAGUACGUUAAAGAUCUUUCCUACCUGAAUCGGGACCUGUCCAAGGUGAUUUUGAUCGACACUAAAGAGGAGCAUGCCCGUCUACAGCCGGAGAAUGCUGUUAUCCUUGACAAGUGGCACGGUGACCCCAAGGACAAGACCCUGGUUGCGAUGAUUCCCUUCCUCGAAUACAUUGCCGGCAUGGGGGUCGAAGAUGUGCGCCCGGUUAUGAAGUCAUUCGAAGGCACAUCUAUUCCCGAGGAGUUUGCCAAACGCGAGAAGGCCAUGCGUGAGCGGUUUGAGAAGGAACUUGCCGAAGAACAGAAGAAGCGGCCUAAGAUUGGUAUGGGCAGUCUAGCUUCUGCCCUUGGACUGAAGUCCAGGCGUACACUUGAUGGCGAGCAGUCCCCGUCUGAGGGGUUGGCCCAGGGCAAGAUGCUUUGGGAUCAGAUCCGUGAACGGGGUCAGAAGAACUACGAGCUCAUCGAGAAGGAAAUUCGGGAGAAUGGCGAGAAGUGGCUGGCGGAGAUGGCCGCCGAGGAAGAAAAGGCCAGACAGGAGCAGAUGGAGCAAAUGAAGGGCUCCUUCACUGGCAUGUUUGGUGCUGGUAAAAGGGAGUAA